AUGGAUGAUGAAGGCCAACUUCUUCUUACAAUGCGGCGCAAGAAAUGGAGUUUUAGGAAGAGAUGGGAAGCAUUCAGAGGAGAUCCAGUAGAGUCUGAUGAGCCCAAAUUUAGCCUUAAAAAGUAUUUGGGCUUUUCAAAUAAAACUAGGGCCAAAGUAUUUGUAGAUGGUAGAAGACAAAUUAAGCAGUGCGAUUACCGGAUGGAAGGGUCGUUGUGCAAGGCAUCGUGCACAAUAUUCAGUGCGUCGGGAGAUAUCAUCGCGCAGAUUAAACGAAAGGAAGCAAAAUCGGAUAUAAUGCUGGGUAAUGAUGUUUUGAGCCUGGUUGUGGAGGCGGGAGUUGAUCAAGCAUUUUUAAUGGGCCUUCUUAUCAUGUUUAAUCAGAUAAGCUAA